AUAAGACAAAGAUGCGUCGAAGCACGGCCUUUCAAAAGUCAAAGAGUACAACAUUACGGCUUAAAAUUUGAUUUCGCGGAUACAAUCAACAUGAAGAAACAUGAUACUUCUUAAUCAUUCCUCAUUCCUCACGUACGAUUUGGUUCAUGUCUCACAACUUAUGAUUAUUUCAAUGCAGGUCACUAUUCACUUUUUUCCGCAUUUUCUCAUGACAGUUAUGGUAUUUGGUAUACACUAUUUUCUAAGACUUUAUAAGGAGUGCCAUUUUUAAAAUGAACAACUUCAAUUGGAAAGGCUACAGUGUUACACUACACAAGUGAUUCUUAGCGACUAGUGAGCAACUCAUUUAUCAAAGUUUCAAGCAACUUUGAUGGCUUCAUAUUUGAUCAUUGUAAUUGCACUCCUAUCAUUCUUUCUGCCAACUAUUAUAGCAAUAAGCUCAAAUAAUGCAGGUGGAAUUGCCAUCUACUGGGGUCAACGUGGAGAUGAGGGAACCUUGGAAGAAACUUGUGCUUCUGGGAACUAUGCAUUUGUGAACAUAGCUUUCCUAUCUGCAUUUGGGAACGGCACAAAUCCAGUUUUGAAUCUUGCUGGCCAUUGUGACGCCCACACCGGUCAAUGCACUGUUUUGAGUUCUGAUAUCAAGUCAUGUCAAGCCAAGAACAUCAAGGUCAUGCUUUCCAUUGGAGGAGCUACCUUCCAAAACUACACACUCACUUCAAGCGUGGAUGCAGGCCAGGUAGCAGCAUACUUGUGGAACAACUUCUUGGGUGGACAAUCUUCUUUGCGGCCGCUAGGGGAUGCUGUCCUGGAUGGAAUUGAUUUCGUUAUUGAGGGUGGGCAAUACCAUUACUGGGACGAUCUUGCCAAAAACCUCUCCAGUUACAACAACCAAAGCAAGAAAGUGUACCUAACUGCUGCACCACAAUGUCCUUUCCCUGAUACUUGUCUUGGAACUGCUCUCAGCACUGGCCUAUUUGACUAUGUUUGGGUUCAAUUCUAUAACAACCAUCAAUGUGAGUACAAUAAAGGAAAUAUAACUGGUCUUCAAGAUUAUUGGGGAAUUUGGACUUCAAAUAUCCAUGCAGAUAUGAUUUUCUUAGGGCUACCUGCUGCAAUUAAUGCUUCUAUUACCGGCUUUAUCCCUCCGGCAAAUCUAACUUCAGAAGUUCUUCCAAUAGUCAAGAAUUCAACUAAAUAUGGAGGAGUUAUGCUGUGGUCCAGAUAUUGGGAUAAACUCACAAACUACAGCUCUUUCAUCAAAAGUUAUGUUUGAUGCGUGAGCUCUGUGUGAACAUGUUCAAUUUCACAGAUAUGAUUAAUACUUUUUACCUGCAU